CGGUUUUUUAAUGUCCCAUAUGAAUAAUGUUUUUUUAUUUAUGAAAGAUACCCGCUCAACUUAUUCGAACUUUCAUUAUUUAUAAAUAUGAUCCCGCUCCUACAUACUAUAACGGUUCUAAUUGAACCAUAUUAAAACCUAGUUAUAGAAUACAUAUUUUGCACUAGUGGUAGUUCAUUCUUUAUCGACAAUGCAUAGUACUUUUGAUUGUUAUUCAAUCAUUCAAGGUUUGAAAUAAAACCAUUCACAUAUUUUUUAUAAUAAAGGUUAUUUUUGGGAAAACUAACAAACAGAUCUCCGACAGAAAAUCAAUUAGGCCCUCGUAUUAGCAAGAGACACAAUCAAACCCUAGAAACACCUAGUUUAGUUAGUAGCAUUAAACAACCCCUUAAUAUAGGUCAAUUUGCACAUAUGGCGAUCCACAUGACAUAGUUUACACUUUUUUCCCAUUUUCUUUUCCUUCUUUCUUUUUUUCUAUCUCUCUAUGCUUGGCUUUCAUCUUCCGUACAAGCACCCAACCCAGCAUAUGUUUUUCCCCUUUUUCUUCUUUCUUUGUGGACAAACAGAGAAAGAAUGAAAGAGUGACUGAAGACUCGGUUGAUGAACACCGAGACCAAGUCACCGAAAAACUUGCAGACUCGGUUGAGCCUUCAAUGACUCGGAUGACCCAUGACUUCCGGUGACUUCGCAGCAGCCACCACGCCGGCGUUGACCAUUUUUCGCAGCAACGGAAAAUAGGGAGAGAAGUAGAUGAAUGGAGAAGCAGAAGAUGAGGAAACCGUGCAUAUUGUCGCCGGCGUGGCAUCCAUGGUCAGCCAACGGAAGUUCCGUAGAAGAAGAAGAAAUGGCCAGCUGCUUCGGGUCGGGUGGGGUGUAAGAAGAAAAAGUGGAAGAAGUAAAAGGAAAGGGGUAAGCAAAGAAAACGAACACGGUGUUGCGGGUUGGGGGGUGGGGAAGAAAAAGCCAAGGGGAGAGAGAAGGAAAAACGAGAGAAACUCAAAGCUAGAUAAAAAAGGAAGGUGUAAAAUCCACUUAUUUAUGAUUGAAAGGUUAGAUUGAGUUAUCUAUUAGUAUGAGGGCCUACUUGACCUUUUUGUCAUAGUACAAAGAUUAUUU